CGCAUGCGCAGAGAGAGUUUGUGGCUGGCUGGGGAGGCGGAGAAGGCAGCGGCGGUGAUGGCCGGGGCGACGGGGGCUCCGCGGUGGGAAGUGGUGCGGAAGGCCGGCCGGAGGAGCGCCUCGGGAGGCCCCGCGGGGCGGAAGGCGCUGGGAGAGGCCAACGCGGGGAGAGGCGUCCCUGCCCCGCUUCCUCUGGCUACUUCAGAAACCCUCUUUGAGCUGGGCUUUGAGAAGACAGUGAAGAAACAGAACAAGGAACAAGUGCCACCACCUCCAGGAACCCAGCAGCAGAAGAAGCAAAACACAGGGAAAAAUGCCAAGAAAGCACCAGCCACAGACGCAAGACAAAAGGAAACAAAAUUCCGGACAUUGGAGGAGGCUCUGAAGGCGCUGGAUGUGUCAGAACUGCAGAAGGAGCUGGAUAAAAGCCUAAGCAUGUUCCCAGAAAAUCCUUCCGUGUGGCUCAAAGACCUGGCUGGCUAUCUGAACUACAAGCUGCAGUCCCCAAAGAGUGACCCCACCCUCAGCCAGCAUCCUCAUGACUAUCCCAUCUGCCUUAUCAACAAAGAGCUGAGGAAUGUCAUCAAAUCCCUGCUCUCAAAAGCUGCAGGCGUCCUGGAGCUUUUCUUUGACCACUGUAUUUACACAAUGUUGCAAGAGCUGGACAAGACCCCUGGGGAGUCACUGCAUGGCUACAGGAUCUGCAUACAGGCUGUGCUCUUGGACAAGCCUCGGGUGGCCACGGCAGAUUUGAGCAAGCAAGUGAUUCUGGAAGCUGGGUGCAGGAGAAGGAAACAGGGCAGUAUAAUGGCAGUAAGGGCCUGGCAAAGUAUGACCCAUUGUACCUUAUUUCAAGAUUUCGCUCAAAAUCACUUUCUGUGGCCUGGUGGCACAGUGGUUAAAUGCCUGUCCUGCAGUCGCUCACUCACAAACCAUAAGUAUCUGGAGCUGCUGCGCUCCCAUCAGAGCCGUCCAGCCAAAUGCCUCACCAUCAUGUGGGCCUUGGGGCAAGCAGGAUUUGCUGAUCUUACAGAAGGGCUGAAAGUGUGGCUAGGCAUUAUGCUUCCCGUCCUGGGCAUCAAAUCUCUUUCCCCAUUCGCCAUCACCUUCUUGGAUCGGCUACUCAUGAUGCAUCCCAACUUGACCAAAGGCUUUGGCAUGAUAGGACCCAAAGACUUCUUCCCCCUUUUGGAUUUUGCUUUCAUGCCCAACAACUCCUUAUCGCCCAGUCUGCAGGACCAGCUCCGGCAGUUGUAUCCCCGCCUGAAAGUGCUGGGUUUUGGGGCGAAGCCAGAGACUACCCUGCACACCUACUUCCCUUCCUUCCUCUCCAGGACCCUGCCCAGCUGCCCUGCCGACAUGAGGAAAGAGCUGCUGAACUGUUUGACUGAGUGCCUCAACCUCGAUCCGCUCAGUUUCAGCGUAUGGAAGCAGCUGUACGUCAAACACCUCUCCCAGUCAAGCCUGCUCCUGAACCACUUCUUGGACACCUGGGACAAGACAUCCAAAAAGGUGCGGAAAUCAUUACAGGAAACAGUUCAUUCAUUCAAAGUCACAAAUGAUGAGCUUGCCCUGAAGGGACCAAACAAUGCUGAGGAUGUCGCCGCUUGCCAAACCGUCUGCAAGAGCCUGCUGCUCAAGAUGAAAACCAGCAGGUUCCCUUGGCUUCGGCUGGCCUUGGUCUUCCUCGUCUUCAGUGCCGGCUUUCUCAUGCACGACAUGAGGACUCACGGCUCUUUCCAAGCCUCCGCCUCUGCCCGGGUCCUCCGCUACUCUGGCAUUCUGUCUGCAUCCCAGCAAGCCUGGAACAAAGUUUCCCAUUUCUCUGCGGAAGGCUACAGCUGGUUAGAAGCCAACGUGCCUCUCUACUACUCUCAUGUGGCCACUGUUCUGGGACCAAACCUGGAGCUGGCCUGGGCCAAGACGAAUGAAACUGCCACCUACAUCUCUGGGAAGUGCUCUGCUCAGCUGGCCUGGCUCAGGUACCACCUCCCCACAUUCAUAGACUGGCUCCAGACUCGGAUUCCGGAUGUGGUGCUGCAGGGAGCCGAGUACCUCAAGGACUUGCUACUCUUCCUCAUGCGGAGUUGUUUCCUGCCGGCAGUGGACUAUGUGGCCACAUCCCUGGAGGGACUCUGGCAACGCUGGGUGGCUUCUUGCAAUGGCGAAGGGUCAUGGGACUGCCUGAGGAAACAGCUGACUAGGCUGACUCUUUCCUCUUGGAGCUUCCUGCAGGACACCACUGUGGCCAUCAAGGACUGGGCCUUGGCCAUCAUCUCUGACCACUAGCAGCGGCCACCUGGGCCCAGGGGCUAAGUGGGAAGUUUGGGCCUCUCCUCUUGGACACCGGUGCCAGCAGGAUGUGCCAACGACUUGUCCUGACCACAGCAAGAACAGGCAGCGCCUUCUUGGACUCACUGCAGAAGCCCAGGCCCAGCACUUUCUGCGUCUUGCACUCGCUGUGUUGGUCGGGUUCCUUUUAAACUCGGGCCGCCUUGUUCCACCUGCUGCUGCCUGUCUCCUUGGUGUGAUUGUGCCUGGUCCAGCUGGGAGCUGCAGGCUUUGAGAUUGCAGCACAUGCCCUGGCAGCCGUACCUCUGCUUGCUGGUCGAAGACUCCCCCUUUUCUUUCUCCUGCCUCCAGUGCUGUGACCCUGUGGUGAAUUUGUGGCUGCGUGUCUGACCCUCCUUCCCUUGCGCCUGGAGGUCCUGUUCCUGCCCUCAGUCUUUUCUCUGCCCCUCCAGGAGCAUGGAGGAAUUGAGGGCGGUUGGCAGACUCUUGGUGGCUGGAGUGUCUCAAGCCAGGCCUAUGGUCUGGUGCCCCCAGGGCAGUGCUGCCUUGCAGGUCUUUUCUGCCCCUCCCCGCUUAAGGCACAGGUGGUCUCCCUGGAGCCUUUCAGGUUAGUCCUCCUUCUCUCAGGUGGUUGCUGAAGAGGGCAACUGGGGGUACCAAGGGAGCCCUUGCCCCUUUCGCCCACAGAGCUGCCUUCUCCUUCCUCUGGACCUGGAUUUGGUGGUAUUAGUGUGUGAGGAUAAUAUUUAGGCUUCAGCAAAGAGAAGAGGGAAAGAGUGCAACAAAUUUAGGCUUGUUCAGUUUGCUUCUUUAAAAUGGGCUGAGCUGUGAGGGAAAUGGGGACCAGCUGCUGGUGCUACUGCUCUUGGCUGGAGGAACAAAUUCGGCAGAAGGAAAACGGCCUUGCUGGCCUAGUAGACAAAGGAACGCUGGCACUAGGGUGGGUACCAUUCGUGAGCCAGAAGCUUUUGUGUGUGUGGGACCUGAGGCUAACUCAGAGUAGCCAGGGGGUGUGCCAAUGGAGGGAGGAAGCCUCUUUCUGGCCUGGCCCACUGGUCCUGCCCUGUGAAAAGCAGCUGUUUUGCCAUCCAGGGCCUUAGCCAGAAUUGCAAAGCUCCCUGCCCCUUGACAUUGGAAUAAAGGACAAUAUAUUUGACUACA